GUCCCAUUGGAGGACCACGUCAUCUACUCGGGCAACCUCUUCCAGUACAUCGAGGAGAACAAGAAGUGGAGGAAUCGCUUCUGCGUGGUCCCGCACAACUACGGCUUGGUCCUCUAUGAGAACAAACUGGCCUACGAGCGGGACCUGCCGCCCCGCGUACUGGUCAACAGCGCUGGCUACAAGAUCCUCACCUCCGUGGACCAGUACCUGGAACUGGUGAACAGCAGUCUGCCUGGCGUGACGCCCAAAUCGGGGCACUCCCCCAUCCUGAAGUGCCCCACGGAUUUCCCCCUCAUCCUCUGGCACCCCUACGCCCGGCACUAUUACUUCUGCGUGAUGACGGGCAAAGAGCAGGAGAAGUGGCGGGCGGUUUUCCAGGACUGCGUCCGGCACUGCAACAACGGGAUCUCCGAGGACUCCAAAGUGGAGGCUCCAGCCUUCACGGACAUCUCAGAUGCCGUCUAUAGGAUGGUCUAUGAGCAGACCAAGGCCCAGUACGAUGCAGCAAUGGCCAAGUGCGAACAGGAGCGACCCCAGAUGGAGAGCACCAUCCGCACAGACAUGGACCAGAUCAUCACUUCGAAGGAGCACUUGGCCAGCAAGAUCCGAGCGUUCGUCCUCCCCAAAGCGGAGAUCUGUGUCCGUAACCAUGUCCAGCCUUACAUCUCCUCCAUCCUGGAAGCCCUGAUGACCCCCACAAGCCAGGGCUUUGCCGAGGUGCGGGAGGUGUUCUUCAAGGAGGUGACUGACAUGAACAUGAACGUCGUCAAUGAAGGUGGCAUGGAGAAGCUGGCAGAGUACAUGGAGAAGCUUUCCCACCUGGCCUUCCACCCCGUCAAGAUGCAGUCGUGCUAUGAGAAGAUGGACCAGCUGAAAUUGGAGGGCCUUCAGCAGCGGUUCGACGUCUCCAGCACGUCCGUCUUCAAGCAGAGGGCUCAGAUCCACAUGAGACAGCAAAUGGACGACGCCGUGUACACGUUCGAGACGCUGCUCCAUCAGGAGGUGGGGAAGCUGCAGGGCAAAGACGACUUGUGCAAAUCCAUCCAGCGCAUCCUCGAGAGGGUGCUCAAGAAAUACGACUACGACAGCAGCACCGUGCGGAAGAAGUUCUUCAGGGAGGCUCUGCUGCAGAUCACCAUCCCCUUCCUCCUGAAAAAGCUGGCGCCGACCUGCAAAGGGGAAUUAGCCAAGUUUCAGGAGUUGAUCUUCGAGGACUUUGCCCGCUUCAUCCUGGUGGAGAACACUUACGAGGAGGUCGUGCUCCAGUCGGUGAUGAAAGACAUCAUGCAAGCUGUGAAGGAGGCAGCCGUGCAGCGCAAGCACAACCUGUACCGCGACAGCAUGGUCAUGCACAACAGCGAUCCCAACCUGCACCUGCUGGGCGAGGGCAUCCCCAUCGACUGGGGCGAGGAGUACAGCGGGCAGCCCGAGGCCGACUCGGCUGGCCGCAACAGCAUCCCCUGUGCCGGCAUCACCCGUGCCCGGAGCCGAUGUCCCACCAGGGACCAGCGUCCAACAUGCCGCACCAGCAUCACCCAUGCCGGCAUCACCCAUGCCCGGAGCCGACGUCCCAUCAGCAACCAGCGUCCAACAUGCCGCACCAGCAUCACCCAUGCCGGCAUCACCCGUGCCCGGAGCUGA